GGUUAAAAAUAGUCCCGCAACAUUCCGCCAGAGGGCGCUGUGCCCGAACAGCUGUGUCUCUGCUUCUUCUUUGGCAUUCACACGCCCGCGUAUUUCGUGCCAUCUCGCUCGCACUUGCGCAGACCAAAACGAGGCGAAAAUAAAUUGUACAAUUUAAUUUAAAUUUGACUAAAUCGCAAGCACAGAGCACAGAAUGUUGGCCCACAGGAUGCAGCUUUGGAGGACAACGAAUGCGGCGAUGGCCCUAAGCUCCGCAGCCAGCCGUUAUCCUCAACAGGGUACCACGACGGGCAGAAGAGAUAUCCACCUGCAGCGGAUGUCCAGGGGCAGCAGUUUGCCCUUGGCGGCCACCGGGAAAUGGUCAAAUCCCUGCCAGCUGCGUUUCGCCAGCAGUGGAGCAGCUGCAGCGGGAGUUUCGGCCACAAAGGGUGAGGAAUUCAUGCAGGCGGUGUCCAAAACGGAACUGGUUGAUCUACCCGACAUACCAGCUGCCCCAGUGCCUCCACCCGUCGACGGUUUGAGUGUAAUGGACGUGGUCAAUGUGUCUGGAGAACCCUCCUUCGCCUCCAUUGGUCUAGGCGGCUGGUCGCCUGUGGGCCUUGUCCAGAAUUGCAUGGAGUUCCUGCACUGCACCUGGGAAAUCCCCUGGUGGGGAGCCAUCGCCAUGGGAACCCUCGCCGUGCGAACCAUUAUAUUCCCAUUGGUCAUAUUGGCCCAAAGGAACUCCGCCAAGAUGAACAACAACAUGCCGCAGAUGCAGAUGCUCCAGCUGAAGAUGACCGAAGCCAGACAGUCGGGAAAUGCCAUUGAAUCCGCUCGAUAUGCCCAGGAAAUGAUGCUGUUCAUGCGGGAAAAGGGCGUCAAUCCUCUCAAGAACAUGCUGGUGCCAUUGGCGCAGGCCCCGCUCUUCAUUAGCUUCUUCAUGGGAUUGCGCCAGAUGGCCAAUGCCCCAGUGGAAUCCAUGCGGGAUGGUGGGCUCUUUUGGUUCACCGAUCUCACCUUGGCAGAUCCAUAUUACCUGCUGCCCAUGAUCACCAGUGCCACCUUGUACCUGACCAUUGAAAUCGGCACGGAUUCGGCGCGUUUAUCAGCCGCCAAUAUGAACACCAUGAAAUAUGUGCUGAGAGCCCUGCCCAUCGUAAUCUUCCCCUUUACGAUGAACUUCCCCGCCGCCAUUUUGACCUACUGGGCCUGCAGCAACUUUAUUUCGCUGGGACAGGUGGCUUUGCUGAGGAUUCCCUCCGUGAGGGACUACUUUAAGAUCGAGAAAAUGCUGACCCAUGCGCCGAGUGCACUGCCGCCCAAGAAGGGAUUCGUCGGAGGCAUGAAGGAGUCCUGGGACAACAUGAAGAUCUCUAAAGAAAUCGAGGAGCGGCAGCGCCUGGACGAGAUUCGAUUCGCCAAGGCCGGCAAGGGGCCGCUGGUGAAGACCUACAAGUUCGAUCCAACGAAAGCGAGCAAAACCAUCUCCGCGGAGCCACACAUGCGGCUAAAGGAGCCGCCAAACAAGCAGCGAUAGUCCCGGAUAAGUUCAUCCUGUGACCGCCGCCGAGUGCUGUGUCUUGUUACGUUAAUUUAACCCUUUAGUCGAUAGUUUUCCACCAUCAAACUGAACGUUUUGCUGCUAAAAUAUAAUUUGUAAAUGGACAAGAGCAGAUUUUACUAAUAUGACCUAAUUUGGAGAGUAUAACAAAGGAUUGUACGCUAUGAGACGAAACGCGUAGAAGGGACUUGUUUUCGGUUGAAAAUGCUAUGCCUGUAAAAUUUGCCGCAUAUUAAAACUGUAAAUGUUUUCA